AUGCUACCUUCUCUCGCUCUCAGCGCCUCUAGCUUGGACCAGUUUCGGAAAAACGUCUAUAGACCUCGUCUUUGCCUUUUGCUGCUCAUCCUCCUUCUCAGUCCGUAUAAUACGAGUCAGCUGACAUCAUCCUCCGAAACCUCUGAGACGAGCGUCAGCCAGCCGGCACAACCAGAAUGGUCGAUCAGCAUCAUUGAUGGCCUUGUAGUAGCUGCAGCUCCGUCCGCAUUGUCAUCGACUCCUCCGAGGGCGAACGCUAGGCAAGAGAGAAAGUCACAGCCCAAUAAGAACGAAAAGGCGAGCCCAUCAGCAGCACCUCGCUCUUCAAACACCAAAGACGAGAGUAAUGACACUGAAAGUUCUGCAUCUCAGCAAGGACAGCCACCACCUGGCUCUCUCUUCCGCUUCCCAAAACUGAGUUGGGCAUUACUCAUCGAUGAGCACGUUCUACCUGCGAUGCUCUCGCUUCACCUGCUGUGGGCGAUUCGUCUCGCAGCCAUGGCAGUGGAAGACGGGCUGGUCCGUAAUACUCUGCUAGGAGCCAAGUCUCACUUCCGCUCGGUGACCCUUCCGCUCCUCUACCUCUUUAUUCUUGGCAUUCUUGCGGUUCUCACCGGUCAGCCUGGCACCGUAGCUGCGAUUCGAUCGCUCUGCUGCACGUGGAGGAAUCAAUUCGGCUUCGACGUGCUGGAAUCACCAUCUUCUGAGCAAGGAAAGAAGGUUGUUUCUCGAGCAGAUGGCCUGCUUCCUUCUUCACUCUUUGUCAUUCUUGAAACGGCUUCGACGCUUGUAAACGUGCUCAGUAUCCUUCCCAAGGUGGACGCUUCGUCGAUCGCCGGCAUUCUACCAGCGCAGAUGCGACUCCCUUCGCCCUCACAUUUGCCUCCUUUGGUCGAGAUGCUACCCUUGCCUUCCUUCAUCAAAGUCGCUCUGACGGGCGCAGUGACCAGCACUUCCACGGCUAGAUAUGCGAGAAGCCGGCGACCUAUGAUGCCUUCCAUCAACGCAGGUGCAGCCACAGCCACAGCCACAGGCCAAACAGGAGAUCAAAGGUCUGAUCAACGUGCACAGCCGCAGCAAAGCAACGUCUAUGAAAGUGGAGGUUCUGCGACUUCGACAGCAAUCGAGCCUCGGCCAUCGGACCAUGUGGGCGAGUCGGGAGACUCAUACCCGCAACAGAUCUAUCGUCUUAUUGGUGCGCCCGAUAAUGAAGUGGUACGGUCAACGAGUGUCGCUCAUCCGAUUGCUCCUCUACGUCUGCCAGAGACUGACACAGGCUCGGAGCAAGGGGCAUUAGAAUCGUCUGCGUCACGACGCCGGAGAGCACCUCGUAUGCGCGGUCAGUCAGUGCUUGUCUCCACAAAGUGGAUCUUGGAAACCGCCACUGCGCUGUUCGACAAGGCCAUGGGCACGCUUAUCUACGCCAUCAUCACGCUGCGGCUGCCGACACUUUCACCAACCUCCUUGCCUCCCGUGCUUUCGCUAUUGAGCCUGCGAUCCGAACUAGCCUCGCUGACGCAAAUCUGGUCAAGAGCGCGCAACUCUGUGGAAUGCCUCGAAUUUGUUCGGCGCAGAUGGGGUGUCCAGCUCGAUCAAGGUCAGGACCCAUACGCCUCAGUGUCGAGACCACGUGCAGCUGCAGCUGUAGGCGAUUACAAAUGGAAGUCGUACGACGAUGUGUAUUGCGCCAUCUGUUUUGAACAGACUCGAUCUGCCCAAGCGUCAGCGGCCACGAGCGACCGACAAGCUGAUGACAGGAAGCCGCACAAGUUUGAGUUCUGCCGACUCGACUGCGGUCACGAGCUCCAUGAUGUCUGUCUCGUGUCGUGGCUGACUGCACAGGCUUUCUGUCCCACAUGCCAUGUUGUUCUCAGUUUCAGUCCCAGAGCGGCUUCGUCGUCUAGACGCACCUCUGUGCAGGAGUGA